CUGCAGUGACUGCUGGGAAGAGGUGCAGUCGAGGGAGGGAGCAAUCUAAAGAGGUAAACAUCACAGGAAACCCCUCUUCCUCCUGAAGCAAUGGCUGAAAAUGAGAUCUCAGAAGACACUGACAAGCUGAAGCGUGGUCUGGUCAAGGUUCUAGAAUGUGUGGCCACCAUCUCCUCAGCAGCAGCGGUGGUCAAUCCCAUCUUCGGCGUAGCUGGAUCUCUCCUUCAUGUAGUUUUGCACCACGUGGACGAUGAAGAUAUUCAGAAACUGAAGCGAGAAUUCGGCAGCGUCAGUCGAGCUCUGGAUGAAAUUUCGCAGCAGAACCAGAAUGUGUUGCUUCAGAUCAGGAAGGAGACGGUGGACGGUCUUUACUGUCGCGUAGAAGAAAACAUUCGCAAUCAGUUUGCCAAAUUUAUGGACACCGUGGAGGCGUCGGCAGCACACGAACAGCGGAGGAAGGAGUUUGAAAUGAGCUUUGUGAUCAAUCAGUGUGACCAGAACCUGCACACUCUUUAUGGUGGAGUAAUGGGCGAAUCCAAGAUCUUCUGUCAGCCUAUAUUAGAGGUGUACAUGAAGCAUUCGCAGGGUGAUCGGCGCAUCAUGGAAAACCUCUGCACUCGGCUCUCAUAUCUGUUCUGCAUUGGCCUCAUUGCUCUGAUGGGCUACGCUGGCAUCGUCGGAGAUGAUGAGGAAGCUCUGCGCAUCGAGUGGGAGGAGAAAAUGAAAGAUGUGGCCAAGAAAAUGACAGAAGUGUUGAAUAGUUAAGAGCGAUUUAACUCCAUUUGACGUUUAAGACGUUUUUCUUGUCUUUUUAUCCCAUGUAUUUUUAUAUGGGUGCACUGUAAAAAAUAUAUAUAUAAGUCAACAAAUAUGUUAUGUUAUGCUUAUCUUUAGCUUAUUUUUGUAAGUUAACCAGGAUUCAACUAAAUUCUUUAACUUAAUAUUUUUAAUCAGUUACUAGAAGUUCAUCUGAUUCAACAAAAAAAUUGAGGCGGCAAGAUAUUUUACAAUGUGUGUUUCAAUCAGAUUCUAGUUCCCACUAGACAUCCACUUAUUUUUAUGUCCAUAUUGGAAUAUUGCAUAAAAAUACUUAAUCCUUGUGUACUGUUCAAAUUUACUAGCCUUUCGUUAUGUUCGGGGCUGUUUUUGCCCCAUUGACUUUUAUUAUAAUGACAUUUUUUGAUCGCAAAGCCAUGACACCAUGUAAUCAUGCAUUCUUAAUUCUUGGUGGUUUCCCUGUUAGGAAGAGGUCAAAUGUGUCGUUUUUACUGUCGAUCAUCAGUUGGCAGCAUUAACCAUUUGGAUAGGCCUGUGCAAAAUAGUUUCUGGCUUUUAUAUGGAUUUCUAAGGAGUAAAACAGCAGAUUAUAGUGUAAAAGAAACCCUACAUGAAUAGACUUACUAUGUUUACUAUGUUCUGAGAGCUGAGCUGCUUUUUUAGAUUUUCUCAGACAUAAAGAUACACACCGCAGCAAAGCGAUCAUUUGAAUGGAUGAAGAUGUCGGGCUCAUGGAAAAGAAAACUUGAUGAAGAGAAUAGACAGUUCGGUGUUGAAUAGACAGAUAAGUAUGUGUUUAAUUUGCCUCAAGCCAGCACAAAGCCAUUCUGCUUGAUUUGUAAUAAGACAAUGUCAAAUAAAACUAUGAAACGAAACACAGACAUUUUGAAUGGAAGUAUUCACAAAAUACAGAUAUAAGGACUACAACACCUAAAGAAUUCAUUACACAUCUUUUGUAUUUUCAUCUUUUUUUGGAGAGGGGUCUGGAUGCAGAUCUGAUGCAGUUGCAAUCUGAGCUGCAUGCAAUGCUUUUGAAUGCCCACAUCUAACCCUACCCCUAACGUCACUAGCUCCAUUGAGUGUAUUGUGUCUGACAUUGCAUCUCCGAGAUAUGCAAUCUCAGCUUGCAUCAUCAUGGCUGCAUCCUGAUACAACUGUAUUGGCCUUCCUUUUGCUGUGUUUUGUACAAAAAUGCACUUAUAUUAGUGGUUUUGCCACAUUUGCAUUGUAUUUAAUGUUUUUUGAAUGCAAUUGCCACUUUAUUUAAAGAAAAAUAAAUAGUGUUGACUUGUGAUGCAUGUUAUGGAUGUUUAUUAAAAACAAGUUAUGUAAUAUAAAAUGUUCCAGACCUUUGACCUUAAUAAAAAUUCAGAUUUGGACCCUUAAUAAUGUAGACAUUGAGAACCACUGCUCUAUAUAGAAGGCAGACACUGAGCUUUUGUUUGUGCUGCAACUAAUGAUCAACAAUAAAACUAACUAAUUUUACCUUUUCCCUACAGGAAUAAAGCAGCAACAAUCAAGAAUGCAGGAUUAUAUGCUGUCAUGGCUUUGCAAUCAAAAAAUGUCAUUGUAAUGAAAGUCAAUGAGGCAAAAACAGCCACUAACAUAAGGAAAGGGUAGUUAAUUUGCCCAGAGUGUAUUGUUGAAUUUUUAAUUAGAAUUUCAAAGCAUUUUCACAAAAUAAGUGUCAAAAUAAGAUUAGUCAGCAAAAAUCAUUCCAUUUGCUGAAAGUUGUGGCCAAAUUAAGACUCAAAAUCACCCCAGAGUGGAUGAAAACAUCCCCAACAGCACACAAGGGUUAAUGGAAAAGCCAUGUUGCGCAUACAUUUUGAAAAUGUACAUUAAAAAAACGUAUGCACACAACUAAGAUAAACUUUUUAUCCGAUAAGAAUAAAUGAGCAUAAACUUUGAUGAAAAAUACUGAAUAAUUUCCAACAUGUGCAUCAAAAACUUCACGUGAUUUUGUUUUAACAGAUGCAUGAAUAUAAAUUUUGAUUAAAAAAUUUAGUUUGAAGGGAUGGCUUUAAUGGACAAACCAGUGGACCGAUGACAUUGUAAAAUAUCUGAAAUAUUGUUUUGGUCUUUCUAAAAUCCCUCAGCCAAAGUCUGUCAUCAAAGUGGUUCUGUAAUAUUAACCUCCAGAACUGUCUUGACCGUCUGCUCUCCCAAAGAUCGUAUCUUGUCUACAAAAGCCACCACAUCUCCAUGCAUUUGUCUUCUGAGGUGCAAGUAAUUCAUGAUAUAAUAACAAAAGGCUCAGUGGCUUCUCCAUCCACUGCAAAUUCCAUUUCUUUUUAUAAUUUUUUUUAUAUUUGAUGCCAGUUUAUCAGCAAUUGAUGAUUUUGUUCUCUUUGACCCAUUGGAUUGAAACUGUGCUUUAAUCACAAAUGUUUUAUGCAAUAUUCCAGCUUUACGCAUAAGUUUGAUUCAUAUCUUUGGAUGGAAAUGUAGCUAAUGUUAUAACAACAAAAGAGCUGAGAUUUGCAUCCAUUGUUUAUGUUAUUUGUACUACAUUAUAGAUUAAAAGGGCGUCACGGUGGCGCAGUGGGUAGCACAAUCGCCUCACAGCCUCACAAGAAGGUCGCUGGUUCGAGCGUCGGCUGGGUCAGUUUGCAUUUCUGUGUGGAGUUUGCGUGUUCUCCCGGUGUUCGCGUAGGUUUCCUCCGGGUGCUCCGGUUUCCCCAACAAGUCCAAAGACAUGCGGUACAGGUGAAUUGGGUAAGCUAAAUUGUCUGUAGUGUAUGUGUGUGAAUGAGUGUGGAUGGAUGUUUCCUAGUGAUGGGUUGCAGCUGGAAGGGAAUCCACUGCGUAAAACAUAUGCUUGAUAAGUUGGCGGUUCAUUCCGCUGUGGUGACCCCUGAUUAAUAAAGGGACUAAGCUGAAAAGAAAAUGAAUAUAGACUGAAGGCACAGUUGACAGUAAAAUGUAAAUGUAAUCUUUACUCACCCCAAACAACUGGUUCCAAACAUUUAUGAGUUUCUUUAUUCAGUUUUUGAAGAUUUUAUUUUGUAGAAAGCUGAAAAUCUGUAACCUCUGACUUCUGUAAUAGAUAAAAAAAACAUACUAUACUCAUAUCCAUAAAUGAAUUAACCCAUUCCUAAUGUAUUCCUGCUUAUACUUGAACUCUGAAACAAAAGCUUCAUCAAACUGUCAUUAUACCACAUGUACUCAGACUGAUUUAAAUGUAAAUUUAAUGCCAUAAAAUGUUACAAAUAUCAUAUUCUGUGACUUAAAGAGCUUUAA